AGAGUUAAAAAAAUAAAAUCUAUAAAGAAGAAAAUAAGGAUUCCAUCAGUUGAUAAAAUCCAACUUGUGUUGUGGUUGUUCUGUACGAGGGUUGAUAAGUUUGUAGCGUAUUAUACAACGUUAUAAACAUAUUACAUUGGAAACAUUAGGAAGGUGUUUAGAGUGGCGGGACCAGAAGCUUAUGACAAAAUUAAUAACUUUUCGGGACACCGGUCACGAGCCGCAGGGUUUCCCGUGUUUGACACGUUGUUAUACGGUGGUGUUGGCUGGAGUAAGGUGAAGAGUGGCCGGUCUUGGCAGGGUUGACACGCCCAUGGACCAACACACAGACUACGGUCGUUUUGAGAGAACCGCCCCGACGACUUAGUAACACUCCAUAAUAUCUCACCACUGCCGGGAACUAUUCGCUUUUUGGCCCUGUUAACAGUCAAACGCUUUUUACAAUCGGUCACUGUUGCAGCUUUUAUCAUCGUAGCCCCACAAACAUUUAUCGUCAAUAAACGAACACAUUGACAAGCCCCAAAGUCAUAAUUUAUUUAUUCAAAAUAUUAUUUCUUCGUCAAUUAUUCACUAUCAGACUUAUUGAGUAGCCGCAACAUGAUUUGACGUGCAGAUAAUGGGCACAGGUGAUCGACUGUUAGACAUCCCAUGCAAAGUGUGUGGAGAUAGAAGUUCCGGCAAACAUUACGGCAUAUAUAGUUGCGACGGUUGUUCGGGGUUUUUCAAAAGAAGUAUACACAGAAAUAGGGUCUACACUUGCAAAGCUCAGGGUGAACUUAAAGGCAGGUGUCCCAUAGACAAGACGCACAGGAAUCAGUGUCGAGCUUGUCGGCUUAACAAGUGUUUUCAGUCUGCUAUGAACAAGGACGCUGUUCAACACGAAAGAGGACCAAGAAAACCAAAGUUACAUCAUCACCACCACCACCAUCAUCAUUUACAAUCCUUAAAAGAAAAUUCACAAUCUGGUGGAAAUCAAAGAAAUAUCCCUACGAUUCAACUGAGUAAUGAACAAAAUAUUAUGCAAAAAACUUCAAUAGGGUAUCCAAAACCAUCCCCCAUAGAGGCAUCUCUUCUUCCAGUUCCGUCUCAACAUCAACAUCCACCACCAACACCAUUACCGCCACCCCCACCUACCAUGUUACCAACAACCCCACCACAGUCAGGGCACGUAUUCGUUGGACAGCAGCCACCACCUCCUCCAGGGCUUUUACAAAUACUCAUGUCAGCCGAGAAAUGCCAAGAGUUAAUUUGGAGCGCAAAGAUGUCAGAAGCGUCGUCGCCUUUAGGCAUACCACAAUCCAACAGCCCCACGAGUUCCUUAACGCUGUCACUAUCGCCCACUUGGGAAGUUUUACAGGAAACGACGGCAAGACUUUUAUUUAUGGCAGUCAGGUGGGUUCGGUGUUUAGCCCCGUUUCAGACUCUUUCAAAACACGACCAGCUAUUACUGUUGCAAGAAUCGUGGAAGGAAUUGUUUUUGUUACAUUUAGCUCAAUGGUCAAUACCCUGGGACUUAUCGCCGUUGUUGAACUCGGAAAAAGCCCGAGAAAGACUUCCGGUUGAUGACCUUAAAGUCAACAUCGAAAUGAAAAUCAUACAGGAAAUACUUGCGCGUUUCCGACAGUUAUCACCUGACGGUAGCGAAUGUGGUUGUAUGAAAGCAGUCAUUCUCUUUACACCCGAAACACCUGGAUUAAUUGACGCUCAGCCGGUGGAAAUGUUACAAGAUCAAGCGCAAUGCAUUCUUGGUGACUAUGUACGAGGUCGAUAUUCGAGACAACCAACUCGGUUCGGACGACUGCUUUUGAUGUUACCCAAUCUUAGGGCCGUUAGACAAUCGACUAUAGAAAGACUAUUCUUCAAAGAAACCAUAGGCGAUAUACCCAUUCAAAGACUUUUAGGCGAUAUGUACCACAUGGAGAAGUCGUACGCAUAAAUCGCCAGUGAGAGCAAGAAAGAACACAAAUUGCAAUCCGAAAUUAUUUACUACUUUUAGAGAAUUAUAAAAUUAUUACUGGGCUCCUUCCUUUUUUCGUUUAAUUAAAAAAAAAAGUAUUGGAUUAAAACUUGGUGAAUUAGUUUUGUUUGUAAAAUUAAAUACAUUUUUAAUGUAAAAAUUAUACUAAAAAAAAAUGUAUUUUCAAAAAAACUUUCAAAAUAUGAAUUACCCCAAGUCACAUUAUAAUAUGAAAAGAUUAAUUUGUUAUGUUUUGUACAUAUUGAGUUACCAUUUAAAAAUACAAUGCUGGAGAUGCCAAAGAGAGUCAUUGUUAAAAAUUCUAGUCACAAAAUUUUUAUGCACAUAUAAUUAAUCUAUUUGAAAAAUUGCCAACAGUGCAAUGUUUUUAGGAAAUCAUUUUUUAAUUGUUUAACUGUAAUUAAAAAUAGUUUUGCUUUUAGAUGU